AUGGAAAACACUCAGCAGCCUCACCCGCAGCCUCAGGCUCAAGCGGCACCUCAACAGCAUCAUGCACCACAGCAGCAUCACGUUUCGUCCUCUGACACGGCCAUCAUCACGACCCCGGUAUGGCUGACCGUCAUCCGCGGGUUCCAGUUCUUCUUUGCAAUCAUCAUUCUCGGCCUCGCGGCAGCCAUCAUCCACUGGGUCUACAUGGACGAGCUUGGUCUCGCUGUAGCAAUCUCUCUAUUCACGUGGAUCAUCGUCGUCUACUCCCUCUUCACAGAAAAGAUCCCCGGCCUCCGCAAGGCGUACCAGAUCUACGCCGUCCUCGCCCUGGACCUCUUCCUCUGCAUCCUCUGGCUGAGCACCAUGGGCGCCGCCGCCGCCCGCCGGAGCACCUUUGUCGUCCCCGUCAACGCGUCCUGCUCCUCGGACGGCUCCGCCGUCAACUCGGGCGUCUGCACCGUAGUCAAGCGCUACAUCAUCAUGGGCAACGGCGCCCUCGCCAUGCUCUCCGCCAUCGCCGGUCUGUCCGCGCUCGAGCUCAUCCUCUUCCUGGUCACCUUCAUCUGGACGCUCGUCACGUUCCUCAAGUGGCGCAAGACGAAUGCUCCGGCUGCCGCGGCGGGCGCCAGCCAGGGUGAGAUCCAGAUGGAGACGAAGCAGCCUCUGUACUCCCAGUCGACGUACACCCAGGUUCCGCAGCAGCAGCAGCAAGUCCCUCAGCAGCAGCAGCAGCAGUAUUACCCCCCUCAACAACAACAGCAAUACCAGCAGCCUCCUCAGCAGUACCAGCAGCAGCCACAGCAGCCGUACCAGGAGAUGCCGGCUCAGGGGUACGAGCAGCAGCACCAGCAACAGCACCAGCCACAGCAGUACCAGCAGCAGCCUCCGUAUAACCCCUCUCCCGUCUCGGCGCCGGGGUCCCCGCCGCCUCAGGGACAGAACUACCCCUAUCCUCCCCAGCCUCAGGAGCUGCGCUAG